GGACGUAUUUUCUUGAGCGGCUGUUUCCGAGUCGAGUUCCGUGAUUUUUUCAUUGCCGACGAGUUAAACAGUCUUGCAUAUUCAUUUUGGACCUUGUCGUACUUUUUUUGUGCUUAUUCUUGGCAAUGGACAGACUUGGGAACACAGUGUAAUAUUGCAUUAAUGUGGUAUACUCCAUUGAUCGCCUCGCUUCCUCCUUGGUGGCGUUUAUUGCAAUGCUUACGCCGUUACAAAGACUCGAACGAAAAGGUCCAUUUGGCCAAUGCUGCAAAGUAUGCUAGUAGUAUCCUCGCCACGAUUAUUGGUGCCAUUCGAAGAAUCCAUCCCGGUAGAGGAAUGGACAUUGUCUUUAUCCUGACAUGUAUUUUCAACUCAAGUUAUACAUCGACUUGGGACCUUAAAAUGGACUGGGGCUUGUUCCAGCCAGACAGUCAACACUUGUUUUUACGAGACGAAUUGGUCUUCAAACGAUGGAUCUACUAUGUCUCAGCUAUUCUUGAUGUCUGUCUACGAUUCUCAUGGACCUUGAACUUUGUACGGAUGCGUCUAAACGGAGCGAUUCUUGGAUUUAUCUUGGCAUUGUUGGAAGGAUGUCGUCGUAUCCAAUGGAAUGUUUUCCGGCUCGAGAAUGAGCACUUGAAUAACUGCGGUCAAUAUCGAGCAAUCAAGGAGAUUCCACUUCCUUUUGCGCUACGUGAAACUGUCAAACAUCCCAACGACGAUAACGACGAAGGUAACAUUCGACUCCCUCCUAAUGCUGAUGACUACAACAACAACCGUGACACGACCAUGAACGGACGUGCCACCCCACCAACACCUAUUCCUAUUGGCGAACCAACAACAACAGCCCCGAUAGUCAUAUCAUCACCACCACCAUCGCCAUCGCCUAAUCAUAUGCUUGACUCGUCUUGGAUGUCACCCAUCACACGACAGCAAUCGACGCGACACUCACAGGCAGCAGCACAAGACUCGGUCUACAGCGGAUCCUUCUAUGGUCGUCGUGAUUUUGAAAGCCGGCAUGAUCAUGACGAUGCUACUGCUGCUAAAGAAGCGGCUGGAAGCCAACAGCCGGCCUCUGCCAUUGGUAACGUGCUUACCCGGAUCCGCAGUUUUGGAGCAGCUGGAGGACAUGAUUCAGACAACAGUGACACCGAUAGAGAAGAUAACGACGAAGAUGAUGAUGACGACGACGACGAUGACGACGUUUAA